AAUGAAAAAAAAAAGUUGAAAUAAAAAAUUAUUUUUGCACCACCAAGAACUUGAAGUCGAGCGAAAACUCAAAAAUUAUCUCUCGUAUUCUUCUCGAUAAGUGAUAAAAAUUUAUAAAAAUUAAUCACACAAAUGUCCAAUCAAUCCGUAUUGAAAAAAUUAUUAUAAUUUUAUAAGAAAAAUUAAACUUGCAAAUAAUGAAAUUGAAUACGAGUCGGAAUAUUUAUAAAAGUUGUUGUUGUAGUUGGUUCUGUAAAAAUUUAUUUAAAUUAUUUUUUGUCGUGAGAAACUUCCAAAACAAUUUAUAAAUCAAAAAAAGUCGAAAGUUGUAUACAACCAAAAAAACACACAAAAAAAAAUGGGCCAACGACAAAACGAGCAACUUUGGGCUGCACUUUUUUUGGUCGGCAUCAUUGGCAUGUCUUUAGUCCUCGCUGAGUCGUCAAUUCCAACACAAAAUAUGUCCAAAAAGGAGCGCGACGAGCUAAAGGAAGAAGCACGAGAGAUGUUUUAUCAUGCGUACUACGCCUACAUGGAGAACGCCUAUCCCGCUGACGAACUGAUGCCAUUGUCAUGCAAAGGACGCUAUCGAGGCGUGACACCAUCCCGCGGGGAUAUGGACGAUAUUCUGGGCAAUUUCUCUAUGACCCUAGUUGAUUCGCUCGACACACUUGUUAUACUUGGUGACUUUGCUGAAUUCGAAAGUGCCGUCAAAUUGGUGAUCAAAGAUGUCCAAUUCGACAGUGACAUUAUUGUCUCCGUCUUUGAGACAAACAUUCGUAUGGUUGGUGGUUUGCUAUCAGCACACAUUCUCACCGAAUACAUUCAAAAGGAUCUUAAAAUAAUGCCCUGGUAUAAGGGCGAAUUACUUGAGAUGGCCCGAGAUCUGGGCUAUCGUUUGCUUCCAGCCUUCAACACCUCGACAGGCAUUCCACAUGCACGCGUCAAUUUGCGAACGGGCAUGAAAGACGAACAAUUGAAAAAAUCACGUGAAACAUGCACAGCGUGUGCGGGGACAAUUCUUCUAGAAUUUGCAGCACUCUCCCGAUUGACAGGAGAACCAAUUUUCGAAGCUAGAGCACAUGCUGCCAUGGAUGCUCUGUGGAAACUGAGACACAGAGGGUCUGAUUUAAUGGGAACCGUGAUGAAUGUUCAUUCGGGUGAUUGGGUGCGACGAGAUUCUGGCGUUGGAGCUGGAAUUGAUUCAUACUAUGAGUAUCUCUUUAAGUCAUAUGUUCUUCUGGGUGAUGACAAGUAUUUGGCGAGAUUCAAUCGCCACUAUAACGCAGUCAUGAAGUAUGUGAGUGAAGGUCCAAUGCUAUUGGAUGUACUAAUGCAUCGACCACAUGCUAAAUCAAGAAAUUUCAUGGAUUCACUGCUGGCAUUUUGGCCAGGGUUGCAAGUUUUAUCUGGUGAUCUUAAACCUGCAGUUCAAACCCAUGAGAUGCUUUACCAAGUCAUGCAAAUGCAUACUUUCAUUCCCGAAGCAUUCACAGUCGACUUCCAAAUACACUGGGGACAACACCACCUGCGACCUGAGUUCAUCGAAUCCACCUACUUCCUAUACAAAGCUACCAAUGAUCAUCAUUAUCUGCAGGUGGGCAAGAAGGCUCUCAAAACCCUUCAGAAACAUGCCAAAGUAAGUUGCGGAUAUGCAGCUGUGAAUGAUGUACGUACCGGCAAACACGAAGAUCGUAUGGAUUCGUUUGUCCUCUCGGAGACUUUCAAAUAUUUGUAUUUGCUGUUCUCCGAUCCAUCGGAUAUCAUAAUCAAUUUGGACGAAUUUGUAUUCACAACCGAAGCUCAUUUGCUGCCACUUUCGAUUGCACAACUGGGAAACAGUACUUUCAGCUUCCGUCAAACUGACGAACACAAUGUGCUUGAUUUUAUGCGCACAUGUCCCAGUUCCACAAAACUAUUUCCCGAAAAAGUACGAAAACCGUUGAGGAAUUUCAUCACAGGCUCCUGUCCACGAGCUCAAUCGAACAAACGCUUAAGAGCGUUGGAUUUUCAAGCGAGUAAUGCUGAUCACUUGCGAGCUGUUUAUGACAUGGGCAUUACAAUGGUUUCAUUAGGCGAUGGAAAGGUUCGACUGUUUCACAGUUUCUAUAAUGCCAAGAGUCCCGAAGAUGGUGAAAUGGGCCUUCUGUUUAUGCAAGAGAUGCUAGAGCUAACAAAGUUACAGAGUCUUAAUCAGUUGGCACAAUUACAGGCUGUGGCAUUCAAACCUGAUGACAGUGAAGAAUGGACAGCUUUAAUGGCUGGUCCUAGUCAUUUCUCCCCCGAACUAGUUGCCGAAGAAUUUGUUGAAGCAGAAAUCCUUGUGGCCAAUCCGUUGCGAGGAUGUACUGAUCUAAUUGACACUGGUGACAUUCGAGGGAAGAUUUUAGUUGUCGAACGAGGUGACUGCACGUUCGUCGAUAAAGCACGACGCGCCCAAACAGCUGGCGCUAAAGCUGUCAUAGUCUGUGAUAAUGUUCCUGGUUCUUCCGGUGAAACACAACCCAUGUUUGCAAUGUCUGGCGAUGGCAACAACAACGUAACCAUUCCAGUUGUGUUUAUGUUCUCUGUAGAAUACAAAACACUCGGCAGCGCCAUCGCCAAAAAUCCCAAUCUCAAGAUUCGCAUAAUGCAGAUGCUUGAGUUUAAGCGACAAAUGCAAAAGCAGUCGCAGUCAUCGAAAAAUACUAAAGUUGAAUUAUGAUAGAAUUAUCAUUAAAAAAAAAAACAA